UUAAGCCCGCCCCCUCCCCUCCUCUUCUCCUCCCCCCACUCCCGCUCUCCCUUCUCCAUACGCCUCGCCUUUGGAGCGCUCUUGAAGGAAGCCUCGAGACCUCUGCCUUCUGCUCUCCUCGGCUCUGCAUCCGCGAGAGCUGUUGCAUUGCUGCUGCAGCUCGCGAGCGCCCGGGUCGUUAGUAGUUCUUUUCACCGCACCGCAGUCCGGAUCAUGGAGUUCGACGAGCGCUGCCUCAAGGUCCAGGACCCCAAAUUUGACUGCCUCCUCUUCGACCUCGACGACACUCUGUACCCGUUGAGCUCGGGGAUCUCAUCACACGUCAAGACCAACAUUGAAGCUUACAUGGUUGAGAAGCUGGGUAUUGAGGAGAGCAAGAUCGAGAACCUCGGCAACCUGCUGUACAAGAACUAUGGCACGACGAUGGCGGGCCUCAGGGCAAUCGGCUACAACUUCGACUACGAUGAGUACCACAGCUUUGUCCAUGGAAGACUGCCCUACGACAACAUCAAGCCCGACCCCGUCCUCAAGCAGAUUCUCAAGAACAUGCGCAUGCGCAAGCUCAUUUUCACCAACGGUGACAUGAUCCAUGCCGUGAGGGCACUCAAGAGGCUGGGCCUGGAGGACUGCUUCGAGGGGAUCAUCUGCUUCGAGACCCUGAACCCGCCGUGCCUGCUGACGCCGUGCGACCAGGCGCCGGAGAUCUUCGACAUCGCCGGCCACUUCGCCGGGUUAGGCAGCGCCGAUGACCUGCCCAGGACCCCCGUCCUGUGCAAGCCCAACGUCGGCGCCAUGGAGGCGGCCCUCAGGAUCGCCAACGUCAACCCUUACAAGGCGAUUUUCUUCGACGACAGCGUGCGCAACAUUCAGGCGGGCAAGCGAAUCGGCCUCCACACGGUGCUGGUUGGCACGUCGCAGCGGGUGAAGGGCGCGGAUCACGCGCUGGAGAGCAUCCACAACAUCCGGGAGGCGCUGCCGGAGCUGUGGGAGGAGGCCGAGAAGGCGGAGGACGUCCUCUACGCCGACCGCGUGGCGAUCGAGACCUCGGUGACCGCGUAGACGCCGCUGGCUCCCGGUGCACCUUCAGUCUGACACCCCAAGCGCAACCCGAUCCGACCCGAGCCUGCCGGACAGGUGAUCUU